GCCCGGCCCGGCCCGGCGGAGGCCGCCCGCCAUGUCGGCCAGCAGCUGUACCUUCGAGGACCGGUGCGUGGCCGUGCUGUGCUGCCGCUUCUGCCAGCAGGUGCUGAGCUGGCGGGGGAUGAAGGCCGCGCUGCUGGCGGACACCGACACCGACCUCUACUCCACCGACAUCCCGCCCUCGGGGACUGUGGACUUCAUCGGAAGCUGCUAUUUUACCGAGAUCUGCAAAUGCAAACUGAAGAACAUCGCGUGUUUAAAGUGCGGUAACGUUGUCGGUUACCAUGUGAUCUCUCCCUGCAAACCUUGCCUGCUCUCCUGUAACAACGGCCACUUCUGGAUGUUCCAUAGCCAAGCCGUCUUUGGCAUCAACAGGCUAGACCCUUCUGGUGUGAACGUGUUGCUCUGGGGCAACUUGCCAGAUUUGGAGGAGAGCACAGAUGAAGAUAUGUCCUGCAUCUCUGAGGAGGAGUACAUCAGAUAAACGUUAUCUACAAUAUACCACAGGAUCUUCUCUAGAUUCGUUUCAUUGCUGUUUGGUUUGGAUUUCUUUUUUUUCCUGCUGGUCUGUCAGAGCUUAUUAAACAAUACAGGAAACCAGGAAAUCUGGAAAACAAUCCUAAAAAGGGAAGGUAUCAAUUUCCUCUUUCACCGUAGCCUUCCUUAGACUGGUCAAUCUGCCUCGUGUGUCUUCUGACUGUUCUGACGUGCCUUGGUUAGAUCUGGAAAUGCAGAUGGAAGGUGCAUUUACUGAGAUCUAUGUCUCUCUUGCUUUUACAUUUAACUCUCAACAGCUGAUAAUCCUUCUUAACUGUAUUUUUUCUUCUUUUCUAAAACAAUGUUCUUUUAGUUGCUGUAACUACAGCUUAAAAAUCUUAAGAAAGAGUCAGUCUGGUUGACUAGGUUCUGUCAGAGCUCUGCUUUUGUGGUCACACGGGCCAUUGCCCAGAGCUUCUGUUCAGAGUAUGCAGAGUUGCUGAAUAAGUGGCUUAAAGUAUUGGAGCUUCAGCUCUAUCAUCUGCCUCCUGCUUUUAGCAGCUUGUUCUCCAGGCACCUGAUCCUGCUGGGAUGCUCCUGGCUGGGAAGGCAUCGUACAGAGUCUUCCCAGCUUCAUCUCGCAGUACUUUUAGCAUCUUGUUUCUGUAGAGAUCAAGUUCAUUUUUUCUCUCCUGCUAAAACCUAAAUACUGCAGUUACUUAAUGUCUCAUAGAACUUCAAGGCUGCACUGGAGUUUUUCUUAAGGUCAACAAUAAAAUCCAUCCAGUUUUACGGGGGUGGUUUGGUUUUUUCCCCUUAUAGGGUAGGCAUCCCUCCAAAACAGGACUCAGUCACCCGAUUGGGUCUUUUCAGAGAAAGAAAAAGAGAGAUCAGGUUAACCAUUUGGUGUUCGUGCCUAACCCUACGUCCCAAAGCAUACAGACUGUCUGGUUCCUGUAAGAAGUGACAGAUCCAAAGCUCAUUAUCUGAGUUGUUACAGCUGUAGUAUUUCAAUUUAUGGACUAAAUACUGUCCCCUUCAGCUAGUCACCUGAAGGAUCACCCUUAGAAAAGUCAAGCUACAAUCAUGUAGGUGAACAAAGUACACUUUUAAAUCUGGAUUGAUGCUGAAUAAAUAAAAAUAAAUAAAUCUGGAUUGAUGCUGAAUAAAUUCUAUAGCCUCUUGUGGUACCUGGAAGAGGUGCAAUGAAGGUACAUCUGAAUUGUCUUAGUAUUUUUACUGUGUGUUAUAUAUUUCUUAAAUAAUGGUACUACCUCUCCUGCAUUGUUUAAAUGUAUAUUGGUAUAUAUAUGUACGUGUGUGUGUGUGUCUUGUUUUGUCUUCCUGUGUUAUGUCUGCUCAUUAAAUAAAAGAUUUGGACUACA